AUGGCUCCUCCAUCGCCCACCGGAGCUCGAGACUCGCCCGGCUCUUCUGCCAGCGAGAAGCAGCGCAGCAGCAAGAAGCGCGGCUACAGCGACAGCACGGGGCUCAACGGAGAGAAGCGCCAUGUGGUGCGUCGCUCGAGCAUCAGCAAGCCCGGGCGAGACCAGCGCGACGAGCCCGUCUUCAAGCACAAGCGGCGGAAGCGGCGCCAGACGGGCGAGGACAACGACAGCGCCAUCGCCGAGGCUGCGACGACGUCCGUAUCGGCAUCGCGACAGGAAAGCCCCGUCAUCGACUUUGAUGGCCUCAGCAGGCCCAGCGUGGGCACGCGCCAGCGCCUGGAGGAGUCCGCCGAGGAAAAGGCCGCGCGCCUCGAGCGCAUGAAGGGCGCCGUCAAGACGCUGCUCGAGUGCGUCGGCGAGGACCCCGAGCGAGAAGGCCUGCUGGCCACACCCGAGCGGUAUGCCAAGGCCAUGAUGACCUUCACGCAGGGCUACGAGCAGAACGUCUUCGACAUUGUCAACGGCGCCAUCUUCCAGGAGGGCCACUCCGAGAUGGUCGUCGUCAAGAACAUCGACAUCUUCUCCCUCUGCGAGCACCACCUGGUGCCCUUCACCGGCAAGGUGCACAUUGGCUACAUCCCCAACAACGCCGUCAUUGGCAUCUCCAAGCUGCCGCGCAUCGCGGACAUGUUCUCCCGCCGCCUGCAGAUCCAGGAGCGUCUUACCAAAGACAUAGCCAACGCCAUCUUCGAUGUCCUGCGGCCUCAGGGCGUGGCCGUCGUCAUAGAGUCCAGCCACCUGUGCAUGGUGAUGCGCGGCGUGCAAAAGACCAACAGCACCACCAUCACCAGCUGCAUGCUCGGAUGCUUUGAGCGGAGGGAAAAGACGCGCAACGAGUUUCUGAGCUUGAUCAACGUUAACCGCCAAUGA